AUGGAAGAGGUUGUCAGUACGGGAGAGCCUAAUCCUGACAGCGAUAUCUGCCGCAAUGGUGAUAUCUACUUUGGCGCCUAUAAUGAAUACAACGAUAAGAAUCCAAAAUCUUGGUACGGCACGUUGGCCGGGUUUGAGGGUGGAGAGAUUAACGCUGACAAUUUCAGAGCACCUGAUGAAUUCGGUUUUCCCGCUUUGAACUUUAACUUUCUGAAUGUUGAUGACAAAUCACAUCCGAGCGCUGAGACUUCCAACACGGCUACAGCCUCCUCAGAAACGAAUGAAGCUUUAUCAAACACUGUAGUCAUCCCAAAAACAUUCGAUCUCGCUGUCCCACCUACCACCGCCAGCAAACCAUGGCAAAAGAUUCCCGAUGCACCACCACUGAUGAAGCCGGUAGGCAGGGUCGGCGAUAAGUCUUUGCGCGUCAACGCCGACGGCGUUAAACUGAGCACGGAGGAACGCAAAUCUCUUGCUCUCGAACGCAACCGUAGCGCGGCUCUGCGCAGCCGAACGCGAAAAAAAUUAUGGCUCACCGAGCUAGAAACCAAGGUCGAGACACUCACAGCCGAACAAGAUAAACUUAAGUCAGAGCGCAGUGCUCUUCAGGAAAAAAUUGUCAAGCUUAAAGAAGAGAUGAUUGAACUCAAAGAGGAGCUACUACGAAGCCGAGGACAGUUCUAG